GCCCCCCCGUCUCCGCCAGGCUCGGGACCAUGAAGCUGCUGCCGUCGGUGGUGCUGAAGCUCUUUCUGGCCGCAGUGUUGUCCGCGUUGGUGACCGGUGAGAGUCUGGAGCGGCUUCGGAGAGGUCUGGCGGCAGCAACCAGCAACCCUGACCCUCCCACUGGAACCACAAACCAGCUGCUACCCACGGGAGCUGAUCGCGCUCAGGAGGUCCAGGACUUGGAAGGGACCGAUCUGGACCUUUUCAAAGUUGCUUUCUCCUCCAAGCCACAAGCCCUGGCCACCCCAGGAAAAGAAAAGAACGGGAAAAAGAAGAGGAAAGGCAAGGGGUUAGGAAAGAAGAGAGAUCCAUGCCUUAAGAAAUACAAGGACUACUGCAUCCACGGAGAGUGCAGAUACCUGAAGGAGCUCCGUAUUCCCUCGUGCCACUGCCUCCCUGGUUACCAUGGACAGAGGUGUCAUGGGCUGACCCUACCGGUAGAGAACCCCCUGUACACAUAUGACCACACUACCGUCUUGGCUGUGGUGGCUGUAGUACUGUCAUCUGUCUGUCUUCUUGUCAUCGUGGGACUUCUCAUGUUCAGGUACCAUAGGCGAGGAGGUUAUGACUUGGAAAGUGAGGAGAAAGUGAAGUUGGGCAUGGCUAGCUCCCACUGAGGAGGAUCUGAGCUCAAGGAGCCUUCAGAGGAUGGCUACUUCUGAGAUGGCGGUUCCUUACAAGUUCUACAGAGGGAAAAUACUUCACCAGCAGCCAUGAAGACUUCUUCAUUCAUUCCCAGUUGCUACCCUGACUGGGCCUCCUGUAAUUGCUCUGCAAAAAUAUCAGAGCCUCUAAGUGCCAAACAGACUAUGCCCCGCUGGGAUCUGGAUCAGAAGAAAGCAGGAGCAAGUGAGCCCUUCAGGCCUUCCUGAUCCUCCACCACUGAACCCACUGGUUUGUUUAAACACUUAGCUUCUGGAUUAAAGUGUCAGCUAGUUUCCAUAUGCUCCAGGAUUUUUGGCUGAAAAAAAAAAAAGAAGAGAGGACGGAUGAGUGGUUUAUGGACUGGAAGAGAUCAACAGAGUUGAGAAGCUAAGUGUUCAAGUAGCCACAGGGGAUCUGCUGUUUGGACCCUCCAGCACGCUGGAUUUGAUGAGCUAACUGUGAAAUAUCUCAAGCCCGAGAACUCUUGAGUUUUGGGACUUCUACCCAGAGGGGAAAAAUAACAAGUAUUUUGUUGUUGUUGUUGUUUGUUUGUUUUUAAAAUGCCUCUUAAAUUAUAUAUUUAUUUUAUUCUAUGUAUGUUAAUAUAUUUAGUUUUUAACAAUCUAACAAUAAUAUUUCAAGUGCCUAGACUGUUACUUUGCCAAUGUCCUGGCCCGCCUCUCUUGCAGCUCUUCCACCUGGCUCAAUGCCACACUCCCAUCUGCUCUGUAACCCAUCUGUAGUAAUUUAUUGUCUGUCUACAUUUCAGAAGAUGCCCCUGUAGCAGAGUAUCCCAGGGUGGGUUGUGUAUGGUCGGAGUGCAAGGAUGGAUUUGGGCAGAGCCACUCUGUGAGUUGGACUGCAG